UCCACACACAAGAGUAUAUAACAGGGAUGCUCAGGCAGCAUACUGGCAAGGGAAGGCAAGCAAGAGAGUCAGGGGGAAAGACAUUAUUUUUUUUUCUCCUGUGUGGUUUUUGAAAAGCAAGGCAACAGCAUCUUUAGACAAGAUGUGCUCUUGCAGGAAUUUAAGUGGAAGAGACAAAGAAACCAUGCCACCAGCAGCAUCGGAGAAAAAAACUGAAAUCACCAAGCAAUGAGAAUUCAGUCCAGAGAAUCUGAGGAGAAGAAAAAGCAAACUGGCAAACAGAGAUCAGUCAGGAAAUAAUUCAAGUAGAAAGAGAUAUAAAAAAUUUGGUGUUUGUAACAUUUUCACAGCAGCAUCACCAUAAAGAAAUUGUAUUCUGGAAUUUCCAUCAGGGAGUGACGAGCACUACAAUUAAGAUCCAAACAACAGCCUCAGUGCUGCAGUUUCUCCAAAGAACAUCUUCCCUUUCCACAGGCAGAUCAGCAUCAAGAGAGACAAAAAACUCCCAAGCAACAUCCUGAUGGGAAUAACCGUCCAAAACAUCACAGGAAGCACAGCAAUGGUAAUUUGGCCAAAAAUGGCUGGUUGUGUUGACAGCUUUUACAGCAUCAUGUACCACCCUAACUGGAACAGCAUGCUAUCCAGCUACUCCAGAAAGAGCUUUCAGAAGGAAGAGAGGGUGCCCACCACCCGCUCCUCCUUUGUUGUUGAAAACCUGACUCCCCUCACAACCUACAUCAUGUGCGUGACCUGCCAGUCUGCAAACCCCUCCAGCGACCAGUGCAGAGUUUUUAACACACUGGAACGAGACCCAGCAUCAGCGAGAAACACCAAGAAAGAGCUGGCACUGGGCAUCUGGCUCACCAGCAGUGUCCUGCUCCUCAUCAUUGCUGCAGUCCUGCUCUACGGCUGCCUGCACCUCCUGUGCCACAGGAGACGCGAGCGUUUGCAAGAGCGGAAUGGGACCUCCAAACAACUGCACGAGGAGCCAUGGACCAAAAGCGUGGUGCACACCUCAGAUGAGUUCAGCAGGCAGAGCCAGCAGACACAGGAUGCUGAGGAAAAGCAUCCAGGCGGCAUCCAGCUAGCCACAAUCAUAGAGAAUCCCUCAGUGUGCAAUGAGCCCAUCGUGCCAUCUUCUAAAAGUCAGGAACAAGUCCCAGUAACAGGACAGCACUCAGCUAUAAAUUAGAAACAUUUCAUCCAAGAGAAGUUUUUUACUAUGUAAGAUACCUGAGCUACUUCAAACACAUCACACGCACUGAGCUUUGACUUCUGGCCACAGCACUCCUGGCUGUACCUCUGAUGCCACACUCCUUUCCAACAGCCUGUAUGCAAAGGUUCACAAAGCAUGCAAAGUGCCCUAGAAGUGAGCACUUCAGCCAUCCUGCAUUUUUCAAAAAGGAAGCAUGUAGCAGGUAAUUGGUUUACAUUUCAAGGGGAUGUUUUCGUUUCUUUUCUUCAGUCUAAAACAGCAAACAAAUAUAAAAAGUAAUCAAAAGUGACCAAAAGAAUUUUUGUUAACUACCAUGAAUAAAACUGAGUAGGAGUUUUCAGAUGGCAACCUAAACUGCUACACUAUAGGCAACUGGAACAUACACACAGAAUGCAGUGGUUUGCCAGUGUGAGAUUUACCCUGACAAUCCCAGCUGCUUUAAAAAACACACACUACAAACAGUACUACACUCAGACAGCACACUUCACUGCCCAGGGUGUUGUCUAUCCCUCCCAUCUCCACUGAAGUCAGUCUCAGAAUGUAAGACAAACUCACCAGGGUUAACUGUAUUCUCUAAUCUGUCUUAUUUUCCCUCUGACUAAAUACAUGCAAGAUACUGACUUUGUAAGGACACGUCUAAUUAAGGAAAUAUCCUGGGUUACCAUAUUUUGCACUCUUCUGCUCUCACCACAAGCUACCUUCUGCUCCAUAGGCCAGUGACUCUCUGCAGAGGAAAUGGAAUUCAGAGAUGCAGCUCCUGGCCCUUCCUUUUCUCUUUCCCUUUCAGUUUUAAUGACAAUAUGCAUUAAUCAGCUGCAAAUUCCUUUCCAAUUGCACAGUACAUUAUGUGUAAUAAAAGGGGAAAAAAAGUAAAAACAUGCCAAAAUGCAUUUUAUUUUUGUAACAAGAAAACCUGCUGAUCAUCUCGCUCUGCCUUGAGCUUCAUGGUAAGGUGCCAAGGUCCUUCAGAGAGAAAUCUGUUCACCCUCACAACAUGACAAGUGUCAUCUGAUUUACAUGUAUAAGUCACCCUGUUUCAAACCUAUUAAGUGCAUUUGUGUUCCAUAAAAACAUAAUAAAUCUUAGUAUUGCUGUAUAUUAUGCCUAAAAAAAGAAAGGUGCACUGAGACUGCUGGCACUUAAUUGCUCUUGGUAUGAAUGUAUGUGUGAAGUCUGCUCUCUCUGACACAGCUUGGUUGUACCACUGAAGGUUGGAGAACUUCUGGCUGGGCAGCUGCCAUCCCUCUCACCCGGGCCCUGGAAGCUAAGGGGGGAUACAAUUUUGGCAGGAGAUCUCCCCACGAAUACUUCACAGCAGGUAGCGGAUCGUUUCAGCUACUCUAUUUUGACAACAAUUCCCACGACUUGUGAAAUGCAUCAAGUCUCAGAGUGCUAGGGAGAAGCUGGCAUAAGUGUGAUGAAUCUUCUUAACUUUUUUUUUUUUUGAGUAGGAUAAGCAUGACACAUAGAAACGUUUGCUGAACGGGGGCGAGCAUGACUUUCAGAAAACACUUCAAAAGGUAUUGUGUGAAGUUAGAAAUAAUGUGUUCUCCACCUGCUGCAGAGCUCUUCUUCCACCUGACACGGUUUCCUUUGUCUUGCACGUCAGUCUCAAAUAAACUGUGAGAAUAACAGUUCA